AUGGAUAUACAGCUCUUCCCCCAGUCAACCACGAGGCUGACAAGCACAGGUGCUAUACAGCUCCUCACUGUCCUUCUGCUACUCCCAUACACCCAGGUCACUGGCAUCAUCUUUGAAGAUUUGGUGUACAAACAUACUGAAUAUAAAGAAAACUGUACCAGAACCUUGGCAGCCACCCUACACAAUCUAACUGGAAUAUACUGCAAUGGGAUAUCAGACACUUUUGCCUGUUGGCCACAUUCAUCUCCUGGGAAUAUAUCAGUGUCCUGCCCUCCAUAUUUACCAUGGAUUCCAGAAGGUUUUUCAGGAAAUGUUUAUAGAAUAUGUACAGCCAAUGGAACCUGGAAAACAGAAGAGAAUUCCAGUAUUAUCUGGCAGGAUUUGUCUGAAUGUAAAGACCCAGGCUUUUUCGAACAAGGGGAAGUUGAGCUGUUUCAAAUUUCAGUCUUGAGGAUCAUCUCCGUCGUUGGCUACAUGUUGUCCUUGUCCAGCCUGAUUCUAGCUCUGCUUAUUAUGGGCCUGUUGAGGAAGCUUCACUGUACUAGGAACUACAUCCACAUGAACCUCUUUGUGUCAUUCAUGCUGAGAGCUAUGGCAGUCAUUACCAAAGAAAUCAUAAUGCAUGUCACAUACUCCAAGAACCCCAACGAUGAGGCUGGAUGGAACAACUAUCUGGAUGCUACAAAAGCCCUGAUCUGCAAAGCCUCCAAGGUGUCAAUGCAGUAUUUUGUGACCUGUAAUUACUUCUGGCUCCUGGUGGAGGCCAUCUUCCUUCACACUCUACUCUUUACUGCUGUGCUGACCAAGCGGAGGCUGCUGAAGAGAUACAUGCUGGUAGGAUGGGGGACUCCAUUUCUGUUUGUGAUACCUUGGACAGUGGCUAAAGCUCUGUAUGAAAAUAAAGGCUGCUGGGUCAUCACUAACAGAUGGAUCUGGUGGAUUAUUAGGGCUCCGAUUGCGCUGUCAGUUUUUGUUAUUUUCUGUAUAUUUCUCAGGAUCAUAAGUCUCCUGCUGUCAAAAUUAAAAGCUGACCAACUCAGGUUUACCGACUACAGAAACAGUUUAGCGAGAGCAACACUGGUGUUAAUUCCAUUGCUUGGGAUCCAUGAAGUAGUAUUCAUGAUACUCAUAGAUGAAACCAUUGAGGAAAGAUAUCAGUACGUGCGAAAUUUCAUCAAUUUAACCCUGAGCUCUUUCCAGGGAUUCUUGGUUGCUGUUCUAUACUGUUUUGCCAAUGGAGAGGUCCGUGCUGAGCUGAAGAACAGGUGGCAAGUGUUCGUCUUCAACCACUUGGAGGGUCACAACUGCUUUGCGUGCAUGAACCCCAAAUAUUUAUGGAAAAAGUCAUGGAAGGGAGCAAGACAUCCCUCGGAUCACAGCGACUCAUAUGAAGAGCGAAGCCAUGCCCCCACACAGACCCAGCUCACUCAGGUGACCAUCCAAUCAGGGGCAGAGUUGUCCUGUGGACAGUGUCCAGGUCUGAAGUUCUACACAAGGAAGAGUCUGUCCAGCAGUGAUGGGGACAUGACUUUGGGUGAGACCAUGGAGGAGAUAUUGGAGUCGAGUCAGUUUUAA